UGUAAGCUGAGCCCCGGGAGAGGAGGAGGGAUCUGCUGGACCCUGGAGGAGAAAGGGUUUGUCUGCCCCGGAGGAAGGGAGAGAGGCAGAGCCUGGGCACCAUGGCUGGAUUCUCUGCUCUGGGGCUCCUCUCCCUGUGUCAGCUCUUGGCUGCAGCAUCAGCUCAGUCCCUUCAGAGAAUAGGACCACAAGGCCCUCCUGGACCACGAGGACCCCCUGGACCAUCGGGCAAGGACGGCAUUGAUGGAGAGCCAGGCCCUCCUGGUUUGCCAGGCCCCCCAGGGCCAAAAGGUGCACCAGGGAAGCCUGGAGCAGCAGGUGAAGCGGGAUUGCCUGGCCUUCCUGGAGUGGAUGGUUUGACAGGAACUGAUGGCCCACCUGGGCCAAGUGGGCCUCCAGGAGACCGUGGUGCAUUAGGACCUGCUGGGCCGCCUGGACCUGCUGGCAAAGGGCUACCAGGACCUCCAGGGCCUCCAGGACCCAGUGGGCUCCCAGGUGGACAUGGAUUUCGGGGUCCUUCUGGACCUUUUGGUCUGCCAGGAUUCCCAGGGCCUCCUGGACCACCUGGACCUCCCGGUCUUCCAGGCGCCCUUCCUGAUGCUGGUGGGGACCUCCAGUGCCCAGCUCUGUGCCCACCAGGUCCCCCAGGGCCCCCAGGAAUGCCAGGCUUCAAGGGACACACUGGUCACAAAGGGGAACCUGGUGAAGUGGGAAAACAAGGAGAGAAGGGUAACCCUGGCCCUCCUGGCCCUCCAGGAAUUCCUGGUGGUGUUGGUCUGCAGGGCCCAAGAGGACUGAGAGGCCUCCCUGGUCCAAUGGGUCCGGCUGGUGACAGAGGUGACAUUGGAUUCAGAGGCCCACCUGGAAUCCCAGGCCCUCCAGGGAGGGUUGGAGACCAAGGGAGCAAAGGACCUCAGGGAUUCCGGGGGCCCAAAGGUGACUCUGGUAAACCUGGACCAAAAGGAAACCCAGGGGCUCGUGGACUCAUAGGAGAACCUGGAAUGCCUGGCAAGGAUGGGCGGGAUGGAGCUCCUGGACUCGAUGGUGAGAAGGGUGAUGCAGCUCCCAUGGGUGCUCCUGGAGAGAAGGGGCCAAAUGGACUCCCUGGACUGCCUGGAAGAGCAGGUAUUAAAGGCUCAAAGGGUGAACCAGGCAGUCCUGGAGUGACAGGAGAGACAGGACCCUCAGGAGAGCCAGGAAUCCCUGGCGACGUUGGCAUUCCUGGUGAGAGAGGUCUGCCAGGACCCAGAGGAGCAACUGGACCACUCGGCCUCCAAGGCCCCAUAGGAGCUCGUGGUGUCCGAGGUUUCCAGGGACCCAAAGGUGCCAGCGGYGAGCCCGGCCUUCCUGGCCCCACUGGAAUCCGUGGAGAGACGGGGGACAGGGGUCCUGUUGGUGUUCCUGGUCCCAAAGGGAACCAGGGCUUUGCUGGAGCUGAUGGCCUCCCAGGUGACAAAGGAGAGCUGGGUCCCUUUGGUCCUCCCGGCCAAAAAGGAGAGCCAGGAAGAAGAGGAGAACUUGGUCCAAAAGGUGCCCAAGGACCUAACGGGACUGCUGGAGCACCAGGGAUCCCAGGACAUCCAGGACCCAUGGGUCACCAGGGGGAGAGGGGUGUCCCUGGCAUCACGGGAAAACCUGGACCUCCUGGCAAAGAGGCCAGUGAACAACAUAUCAGAGAAGUCUGUGGGGAAAUGAUAAAUGAGCAAAUUGCCCWGUUGGCUGCUAACCUGAGGAAGCCCUUGGCUCCUGGAAUGACGGGCCGGCCUGGCCCAGCGGGGCCCCCAGGACCCCCUGGAUCAACGGGAAGCAUUGGGCAUCCUGGUCCUCGUGGGCCCCCGGGAUACAGAGGGCCACCAGGAGAGCUUGGUGAUCCUGGACCCAGAGGUGACACUGGUGAAAAGGGAGAUAAAGGACCUGUUGGCCAAGGUAUCGAUGGGCCUGAUGGUGAUCAAGGACUUCAGGGACCACCUGGUGUGCCUGGAAUUACUAAAAAUGGCCGUGAUGGUGCUCAGGGUGAACCCGGGCUGCCAGGGGAUCCUGGGACUCCUGGGACUGUCGGGGCUCAGGGAACUCCAGGAAUAUGUGACACUUCGGCUUGCAUGGGAGCUGUUGCAGCGUCAACUUCCAAAAAAUCAUAAACCAACAGUACAAGAAGUGAAGAAGUGACUGAAUAUUUAAAUAAACAGUGCAUUGUAAGAAAACAGAAUCCUUCUAGUGCUAAAAGGACAGAUGCUCCUUCUAUUCUAUUAAGUGGAGACUUUGACACAGUUCUAUGAAAAAGAAAGCAUCAGAUGAAAACUUUAAUUAAAGAUGCUUUAUGACUAUCUUUUCAUCCCCCCAAUUAUUUUCCAGAAUUUUUACUGCUAAAGAACCUCACCUUUCCUUCCUCCCUUUGCUCAGGACCUGCAAGAGGAAGCAUUGCUCCUUUUUACAUCACCCCCAUGUACUAAAGAUCACGACCUUUUCCUAAGAAAGUUUGAGCCUUUCCCAUUGAAUUCCUUGGUGCUGCUCCCACUGACUUCAGUCCUGCAGGUUUGGCACUCAGACAUGUUGUUAAGGCACUCAGGACUGAGCUGCCUCUUCCAUCAGUGGAAAUCAGGCAUUUUAAUAUCCUGUAUUUUAACAUCUGAACCUUCUGGCCUAAGGAAUGACCAUUGCUUAAGUUCGUGCUGUCACUUAAAAMAUUUCAGAUUGCACCUCAAAUAUUUGCCAAGACUAGUAAACAGUAAUGCAACUGAAUUCUCUUGCGACUGAAUUCUGCAAAAGGAGUAAUAUUAAUAUUUUAAUUUCCAGGGAAGAAUUUUUAUAUAUUUCCAUUUGAUAAUAAAGGAAAUGAGGUAACAGCAUUUUCAUGACCUCUACGUAAGCUAUUUGCACAAUAAUUGUGAUGGAAGCCCACCUAAGAAAGGAUGUGCUUUUAAAGUCCAGCCAAAACCACCUGUAUGAACUGUUGUAAAAAUAAAAGGAGAUUUUUUUWAA